UCGCUGAUACUACUUCCGGGUCCCUGUAGUAGCAGAGAAGUCGUGUUUUGGAGUUGUUCUGUGUGUGAAGGUGUCAGUUUUGCAGCAACAAUGGGGAAACGACAGCAUCAGAAGGAUAAGAUGUACAUCACAUGUGCUGAGUAUACAUACUUCUAUGGAGGGAAGAAACCAGAUAUUCCAAAGUCAAACUUCAGACGUUUACCUUUUGAUCACUGCAGCUUAUCCCUGCAGCCCUUUGAAUAUCCAGUCUGCACACCAGAUGGAAUCGUUUUUGAUCUUCUGAGUAUUGUCCCAUGGAUAAAGAGAUAUGGUACUAACCCUAUCACAGGAGAGAAACUGGAGGCAAAAUCUCUUAUUAAGUUGAACAUUGCCAAAAACCAGGAUGGCAAGUAUCACUGCCCUGUCCUCUUCUCUGUAUUCACCAAUAACUCACACAUUGUGGCUAUUGGCAACACUGGAAAUGUCUUCUGCAAUGAGGCUGUUGAACAAUUAAACAUUAAGCCGAAGAGCUACAAAGAUCUUCUAACUGAUGAACCUUUUACCCGCCAGGACAUUAUAACUCUACAGGAUCCCACACAGCUGGAAAAAUUCAACGUCUCAAAUUUCUACCAUGUCAAAAACAACUUAAAAGUCAUAGAUCCUGAUGAAGAGAAAGCCCGUCAAGACCCACAAUACCACCUGAAGAAUGCCAACAUGGAGACCCGAGAGACGCUGAGUGAGCUGUACAAGGAGUUCAAAGGAGAUCAAAUUCUUGCUGCCACUAUGAAGGGUCCUGAGAAAAAGGCAACUGAUAAACUAAAUGCUGCGCAUUAUUCUACAGGAACUGUCAGUGCAUCUUUCACCUCAACAGCCAUGACUCCUGAAACUACCCAUGAGGCUGCGGCCAUUGCUGAAGACACUGUACGCUACCAGUAUGUGAAGAAGAAAGGCUAUGUUCGCAUGCACACUAACAAAGGAGACCUUAACCUGGAGCUGUACUGUGACAAGAUACCAAAGACCUGUGAGAAUUUUAUCAAGCUGAGCAAAAAGAAUUACUAUGAUGGAACAAUCUUCCACCGGUCUAUUCGAAAUUUUGUGAUACAAGGAGGAGACCCCACUGGCACAGGGACAGGUGGAGAAUCCUAUUGGGGGAAGCCAUUUAAAGACGAGAUUAAGCCAAACUUGUCUCACACAGGCAGGGGAGUUCUCAGUAUGGCAAAUUCUGGGCCUAAUACUAACAAGUCCCAGUUCUUCAUUACCUUUCGCUCUUGUACUUAUCUAGACAAUAAACACACCAUUUUUGGACGAGUUGUUGGAGGGUUUGAUACAUUGACUGCAAUGGAAAAUGUUGACACUGAUCACAAGACUGAUCGGCCAAAGGAGGAAAUCCGAAUAGAAAGUGCCACUGUCUUUGUAGAUCCAUAUGAGGAGGCUGAUGCACAAGUUGCUUUAGAAAGAGAGAAAGCAAAGAAAGAGGAAGAGCUAUUAAAGGAACCUGUGCUGCCAAAAAAAGAGCAAAAGCAGGAGCCUAAAACCUACCGGUCCGGUAUUGGAAAAUAUAUCAAUAUGGCAGCAGCGAAACGUUCUGCUGUUGAUGAUGACAGUGGCCCCUCUACUAGUAAAAAAGAAAAAGUCACUCAAGGGUUUGGAAACUUCAGUUCUUGGUAGACCUUUAUGAAGACUUUACCCUGGAUUUAUUUUACUUUUUAUUUUUAUAUGAUUUUUGGGGCGUUUGUGCAUAUGAGACUUGAAUGUCACAACUACGAUUUGAUACUUGUACUGCUAAUGCAUUUAUUUGUUAAAUAUGUUUAGUGAGAGUGAAGAAAUUAUUGAAUAGCAACAACAAUACAAUCUUUCUCGCCCUAUAAAUCACAUUGAUUAUUUAAUGGUGGAGAUAAAGUCUUAGCUUGAAAUACAAAAAGUUAAAUUAUGUUUUGUUCCUUUAGCAUGGCUGUUAUGUGCCAUUAAGGCUUCAUGACCUGUAGAACAUUGUGAAUUUCAUUUUUUGCAUUAAUUGUCGUUUUGGCCUCUUCCCUGCAGACUCAAAUCUGUAACAUUUCUAUAUUUUUUCAUUGACUUUGUUGUACAUCUGUGUUGGGUGGAUUUUUUGUUUUUUUGUCACUUAGGUUAUGCUUGUAUGACACUGCAAUGUAUGAAGACAUCUAAUUUUCAGUAUUCUCAUGUCGGGGAGGAAUGAUCCUUAAACCCUGCUAGCCAAGGAUUAUCCGCUCUGCCCGUGGAAGACUCUAGGCACAUGUCAGAUCAGUCUUGGAUAAGUUUACAAGAAAUGUUACACUCAUACAUGGAGGUGGCACAGAAUGACUGGCAAGAGGCUGCAGUCCUGAUUAGAGAGCCCCUGAAAAAAAAAUUGUUCUGGCAAUAGGAAAGUUGUAAUAAAAUUUAAAAUAAGUGGA